AUGCCUCUUCUCUCAGCUUUUCGCGCAGUGCGCGACUACUCGCGCGACCAAAAUAAUGCAUAUCUUGCCAACACCGAUAAAUUUUUCUGGCGCAUGGGAGAUGUGAUCACCAGAACUUGGGAUCUCGGGUUUACGGCGUUUGGGGGGCCCCCUGUCCACUUCCAAAUUGAACAUCGUCGAUUUGUGCAAGGAACACAUGGCCGAAUCCCAUGGAUUGACGAACAAGUGUAUCAAGAACUGUUCGCAAUCUGUCAAGCCUUACCCGGGCCUGGUAGCACGAAGAUGUUAUUCUGUAUCGUUCUGAUACAUGCGGGCAUACUCCCCGCACUACUUGCUUUCCUGACUUGGAGUCUGCCAGGAGCAAUCGGCAUGUUUUGCCUGUCCUUGGGGGUUCGUCAGAUCAAUGAGGUUCUCCCUGCUGUUGCGUACGCUUUCCUUUCUGGAUUGAAUGCAUCGACAGUGGGAAUUGUCGCGCUUGCUGCUGUCCAGGCAAAGAAAGCUAUAAAGGACCAGAUCACUCGUAUACUGGUAAUUUUUGGCGCUUGUGCAGGUCUAUGCUAUACGGCAUUAUGGUACUUCCCGGCUCUCAUCAUCGCCGGCGGAAUUGCCACUGUUAUCUGGGAUUUGUGGCUUCAGCAACAAGUUGGAAAAAUUAAGGCUAAACGGGCGGCCAGGAAGCGUGAGCAAUCUCAGCCACCUGAGCACCCCGAACCUGCGUCUAUCGAAGCGAACGAGCCAGCCGAUCUUGCUGAAAGAAACACUACGCCGAGCCAGGAAGGUCCUGGUAUUCAACGGAGACAUGCAGCACAGACAAGCUCGCAUACCAAACCCGGCCCGAAGACCGAGGCACCACGUAUAACUCAAGAUGUUGACCGAACAGAUAUGAAGUCAUAUGCGAUACCAGUAACAAUUGGUUUGACUAUCAUUGCCGCAUUUUUUGCCUCGUUCAUCGCCAUCCUCGUUGCCCGAGGAGUUGUUAAAAAUCCAGCGAGACCGCUUGAUCUCUUUGCCAACAUGUAUCUUGCCGGUACCAUCAUUUUCGGCGGUGGUCCUGUCGUGAUCCCGCUUCUGCGCGAAUACGUCGUUCAGCCCGGCUGGGUCUCCACGCGAGACUUCUUGAUCGGCCUUGCCAUCAUCCAAGCAUUCCCUGGCCCGAACUUCAAUUUUGCCGUCUACUUGGGAGCGCUUGCCGUUCUGGGCACGCCUCACUCCACCGUCCUGGGUGCUUUCCUCGGCUUUAUGGGUAUUUUCACGCCGGGGAUCACACUGGCCGUGGGGUUCCAGAGUUUGUGGGGGACCUUGAGGCAUAAGCCGAUCGUGAUCAGUCUGUUGCGCGGGAUCAAUGCCGCCGCUGUUGGACUCGUGUUUACCGCAGUCUACCGGCUGUGGGAGAUAGGCUACCUGACGCAAGAGAGUUCAAGCGGACAGAGUCUAGGUGAAGAUCCUUGGUGGGUAGUAGUCACCACUCUCACAUACGCUGGCAAUGCGUGGUUCAAAGUCCCCGCUCCUGUAGCUAUCGUGACCGGAGGUCUAUUAGGUCUUUGCUGGUACGGCGCUGUUGGGCGAUGA